CGGAAACGCUUCGGAAGCGUUUCCGUAUGAAAGCAAAACCUAUCCCGUCUGUGCGCGUGCAAGAGAAAGAUGAUGAACGUCAGAUAGUCUUAUUGCCUUCGUAUCUAUAUCGCUUUGUAAAGCACUGGUUGUGCUGCUGCCGGUUCACAUUUUUACACAACAAAAAUUCGAUUUCUCAACUGGCUGCUCCUGCCUGCCCAUCCCAGUAGCCAAUGCCAUGCUGCUCUUCACAAUCAUACUGCGAUGGCUGUGCGGCGGCUGCUUGCUCUUUGACAUCUUCCGCAUCAACCGGGUGCUGUUGGAAACCGAGGAGUAGGAUCUGCUGAUGCAACAGCUGGAGAACCGCAGCGAUAGUGACCCACGCACGGCACACCAACCAGAAUCUGACCGCUCUGCAGAAUAUCACCGAGAUGGCCGACCUGAUGGGCUCGGUUUUGAUUUCCAGAAACACAGCACUCGGUCGCCAUCUAACAGCCACUCGCCCAAUCCGAAAGGGUGAAAUAAUUUUCAUCGAUUCACCCUUACUUCUGGGUCCGAAAAUAGCAAGCGUCCCGGUUUGCUUGGGUUGCCAUAGAAAUCUACCGACGACCUCCAUCGAUGCUCAUUUCGACUUUUACCACUGCCGACGCUGUGGUUGGCCUAUGUGUGAUUCGAGCUGUGAAGCUGCACUCGAUCAUAGGGAGGAAUGCGCACUGUUAGCACGUACACCAAAAUCUAUUCGUUCCGAAAUUCAUUUCCGUCCCGAUGACCCGCACAGGAAAGAGUCGCUUUACUGCGUGAUAGUUCCAUUGAGAGCCCUUCUACUAAAACGGUCCAAUCCGCAGCGUUUCCGCGACGUCUUCCUCAGCCUGGAGUCCCACCUGGAAGCUCGAAUCAAAACGCCUCUCUAUGCGGCCCUUCGAUCCAACCUGGUGCCUUUCGUGCGAGACUUUCUCGGAAUGGGAAAGGAAGCCACCGAACAUGAGCUGCUGCAAAUUGCCGCCAUUCUUGAUACCAAUUGCUAUGAGGUGCGGCUGCCGGAUCGGAAUGUCAAGGUUCGAGCACUGUACGAGCUAGGCUCGAUGAUGUCCCAUGACUGCCGCCCAAACACCAAACACUAUUUCGACGAACGGUUGCGAUUGCUGGUGGUGGCAACAGUUGACAUCCCGGAGGACGCCACCAUCAGCAUCUCCUAUACCCAACCGUUGCUGUCCACCAUCCAGCGCCGAUACGCCAUCAAACAAGCAAAGUGUUUCGAGUGUUGCUGUGACCGUUGCCAGGACCCUACCGAGCUGUUCACUUAUGCCGGAUCGAUUGUGUGCCCUCUGUGUCACCGUGCGAAGCUCACUGCAUUCGACCCGCUGGAUAUGCGUUCGGAUUGGCACUGCGAGAACCGGAAGUGCCCCUUCCGGGAGUCGGCAUGCGAUGCGGUGCGACGUAACGAGCAGCUCCAGGCGACGAUGAUGGCAUUGGCGCGUGCGGACUCACCACGGGAGGAGUAUGAGCGGUUUCUCACCACGCAUCAGCAGCCAUCAACAGGCCUGCUGCACCCCUGGAAUACAAAUGUGCUGCAGGUGAAGUACGCCCUCACGCAGCUCUACCGGCAGCCAGGUGCGAAAGAUGAAAAGGCCAUCGUUUCGCAACCAGAAGCUCAACUCCGACGCCAAAUAGAGCUGUGUCGGGAUUUGCUGAAGGUGGCGGACCACCUUGAGCCAGGGUUCAGUCCCUUUCGCGGAAAACUCUUGGUUGAGUUGCGGGACGCAUUGCUAAUUCUGCGAGAUCAAAAGCAUCAGGACCUGUCACAGUGGUCGGCCACUGCUUCCCAGGAGCACGUUCACCCGGCGAUGUCAACGGCGAUUACGAAGAGCAAACAGCGUCAACGACGACAACGGCGUGGCAAAAUCGAUACAGAGGCCAUCGGCAAUUCCGGCGAAGGCGGCGGACAAACGACGAAACAGUUACUGCAGGAUGUCGAAGCGGAACUGGCGGAGAUGAGGAAAUCGGAUCCAACUUUGGACAAAUUUUACGACGACGGAGGCUUGCGAUACUGAGUGAUGAUGUGACAGGCGACAAAGUUGAAUGCAGGAGAUAAAGCAAAUAAAACUUAAUUUGCUACCGACCGCUUAGUUUGUGUUGCCUUUUCAAAUUUAUUUGAUUAGGUAAAAUGAGUUUUUCUCGGAUUCUUCAACUUUUACCGGGCUGGACGAAUCGUGCAGGAUGAAUGAAAUAAAUUUAUUGGAGUGCAAACUUGAGAAGUUGUAAUUAUUUUUUAAGUGGAGCCAAUUUGAUUAGAGAACAAUAGUUAGAAUAACGCCAUCAAAAAAAUAGAAAGGUUAGCAGCAAACUUUAUUUUCUGGAAAUUUAAAUUGAAUGAGUAAAACCGAUUCAAGUAAAAGUUUUACAACUAGUUUAUAUGUUUGCUUGGGUGGCAUAAUGUAUCACAUUCUAAAUCUGGUAAUGAAGUCGGUGCAUUGUCAUUGAAUCGUGUUCGGUAUGUUUUAACAGAAGCGAAAAUUCGUUGAAAGCUCACCAAUUGUUCACAAGUCUUGAUGUAAAUUAA